UUUCAGAUUUUUAUUUAUGUAAUUUCCCACUUUUUGCCAAUAUUAUGUCAGAUAAUUGUGCUUCAACAAAACAACCUCAUUUAAUGGAAUUAAUGAAUCAAAUGUGCAAAGAAGCUGGAAUUCAAGACUAUGUGUGACAUGGCCUAUUCUCUUACAAAAAAUGUUCUAGUAGAGGCUAGAUCUGUUGCUGAUUUUAGUGGGAAAAAAUUUGUUGAAAAAAGUGAUGUUGAUUUUGCAUUGAAGACAUUCAAUGAAAAAUAUUGUAAAGAUCGUCCACCUAUUGCUUUAAUGAAUGAUUUGGCACAAGAAAAGAAUUCUCAACCUUUACCCCAAAUUAGACAAAAUUAUGGACUUCGACUGCCUAAUGACCGUUUUUGUCAGUUACAAUCUAAUUUUAUUUAUGACGAUCUUCCUUCGACUUCAAAUAAUAAUGAAGAUGAGGAUGAUGAAUUGAGACAACAAAAUAUUCAAACUUCCGAAAAUUUCCCUAAACGUCAAAAACCAGAAUCAUCAACAAACUUUAACCCCGAUCUUGUUGCCAAUUUAUUAAUGGGAAGAACAAAUAAUGACUCGAGGAAGCGGGCUUUUCAUGAUGAAGAAAAAGAAGAUAAGACAGAAGAUUUUGAUGAUUAUGAUUGUUGA